UCGAUUGUUAAUGCAUUUUAAUUUAUCAAAAAUUUCAACGUACGAUUAUAUUAAAAAAAAUUAUUUUAUCAUAUUUAUUUUUUUCGAGGUGGACCCACCGUAAACUGAAUCCUGGCUACGUUACUAUAAGUGGUGUCGAUAGAUAGACAGAGAAACAUGGGAGCAUUGAUGGUGUUGUUACUUGGAUAUAUGCUCCUUUUACCCUUUGUACUUUGCCUCUUGUUACCAACUUUUGAUUGCUUGCCCCACCAGGGCAAAGGGCAUCUUGGUGUUCAAGGUACAGAUUACAGAAUCUGCAGUUCAAUGUGAUUUUCCCGCCAACAGUAUCUCUCCCUCUCUCUCUAUUGCCUUCUCGUUCUCCGUUUCAAUUUCAGACGACUUGCCCUCCCUUUCCUUUGGGGAAAACUUCGGUCAAGAUUUUCGCGCUUUUCUUUUUGCCUUUAGAUUCUUGCUGCGUAGCCAAAGGGUGGCGGGCUGAAACUUUUGCUGUUUCAAUUACUGUUGGGGAGGGAACAGAUUGAAUGCGAUGGCGACGGGGAAGCAUGAUUGUGCCGUGAUUACAGCGUCACAAAGGGAGACCGACCGACCGACCGGAGUGCCAACUUUUCCUGACGACGACGACGGGGCUGCCGGUCUAUUAAGUAUUACGAUCAUGUUGGGCCGAAGCCUAAAAUUAUUCUCCACACAAUCGGCUAAGCGGCGAGACCGAAGGCCCAUUUCUGGCCCAUCAACAUCGUACACGCUUCAGCCCAUUGUCAGCAGGCGUGUUGGAAGUAGCCUGGCCCACUCCCGCCGGCCCAGCCUUUGUUGCAGGAGCUGAAUCCUCACCGGUCCCUGAAAUUAGGGGUCGUUUGCUUCAUGAAUUUAAAAAUGAGGGUUUUGUAAUUUAAAAACCCAAGGAUUGAUCAAGGAUUUGAGGCAUAAUGGAUUUGUAACAAUCCUUUGUUUGUUGAGAUGUUUUUAUCAUGGAUUUAAAGGUGUGGGAUUUACUACUUGAAGUCCAAAAUUACAUUACUAUCCUUGUCUAUAUGUUUGACAUGUUUAUGAUAUGUAUACAAAACAAGGACAAUACAUACUAAUAAGCAUAAUGUUGCCACAUGGACAAUAAUAAUAAACGAGAAAAUUCCGUUUAACUUUUAACGUAACAUAAUCAAUUACCAAUUCUUUGUCCUCCUUUUCAAAAGUAACAUAUAACAACAUAUAUUAGAAUCGGGAGAACAAAGAAUUACACGUUCCAUGAAAAGGUCAAAGAAAACUAGAACACAAGAAAUGAUAUAAAAAAUCUAACUCAUGUUUGCACAUUAAUUGAACGUUUAUAUUAUUCAUUUAUUGUUAAUUAUAAUGUAUAAUAGUUAAAUUCGAGGGCAACCUUGGAAUAUUAAAAGUGCAUGAGGGUAUAUGGGUAAAAUCUUAUCAAGGAUUUAUGUCAUAUUCCAAAUCCCACAUCAACAUGUGGGAUUUAUAAGUCCGUGGGGUCCACGGAUUUGGUCUCCAAAAAAUGUGCAAGCAAACAACGGAUUGUACCUAAAUCCUUGAUAGUUGGUUUUUUGGUACCAAAUCCAUGUACCAAAUCCUUGAAGCAAACGACCCCUUAAUUCCAUAAGGACUACGGUUUCCUAUUUAUACCGUUAUAUGCUGGUUUAAGUUUAACACCUGAUAUGAUACAAUUAGGUUACAACUGAUUUAUAUGUUUGAUUAUACCGGUCUUAACAAAACACAUGAGAAAAUAGAAAAUCAUUAAAACUAAAAUAAUUAUGCAUUUAUAUUAUAUAUGUAAAGACUUAAGACAAUCUACCUAUAAAUUAUAAUAUCUUCAUCUACGUUACAUAAAAUAUUACAUUACAAACAAAACGAUAAAUUAUCAUAUUUAAAUGCAACAUUUAACGUCAACAUUUAUAUGUUAAGUUAAAACUCCGCUUUAAAACUUAAAAACUUACGAUUUUACGCAUCUAGAUCACCAAAACGUUUCUACAUAGAAACUAGCUUUUGACUACAUUGAGUGUACCGACUACCGAAGUAGCCACCAUAUAUAUAUGUGUGUGUGGUUCAUGUUGACGUACGCUAAAUAUUAGUAUUUUGAUUGACAAAUUUUGACAUAAGUUCUAAAUGGGACGUGACAACGACAUAAUUUAUGAUUAGAAAACCAAAGCAUCACAAGUGAGUGUGCUAAAUAUUGGAAAUUUUCAAUAUAAACAUACUACAAACUCUGUUAUGAAUCAAUAACACAAUAGAAGAUCCAAAAUAAUUUAUACAUAUAAAUAAGUUAAUUAAUAUAAAUUAUAAAAUAAAUCUCUCCGUUGCAUCACCAUUUUCUCAAUUUUGGGUUUUGACUAUUGUUUCAUACCGAUAAUCUUCCAAUCAUUUUUUACCAAUUGCACCUGUUUGUACCGGCCCGACAUCAAUAGUGCCAAUUAGAAUGUCGUGCGCGUCUUGAUGAUUUCAUCGCCGGCGUCAGACAUCACAGUCCAUGAUUUCUGUCAAGAACCAGUUGAUCCCAGUAACUCGAGUUGCUGGGAGAGAUUCAAUUCUAGAUCAUAUAUCAUUUAUUAACACCCUCUUUUAAACUCAAGCCACUCAAAUAGGCUUGGAGUUUGGACAGGCACAGGUCCGGACACCAUGUGCUUAACAGAACAGAUGGGGGCUACCAGGAUUCGAACAAGAGACCUUACAAUCACAAAAAGACUCUAAUACCAUGUCAAGAACAAGUUGAUCCACACACUAACCAUUUCGGCCAUAGCUAGAGGUGGCAAUUGGAUCGGAUUCGUGGAUUGGAUUGGUGGAUCCAUGAAUCAAAUGGAUUGGUGGAUUCAUGGAUUGGAUCAAAUGGAUUGGUGGAUUGAUCCAUGAAUCCAAAUGACAUCCAAGGCUUGAACCAAAAUGUAAAUUUUGAAAAUUUUAGGUAUUAAAGUGUCAUAAUGAAAAAUUUUAGGUACCAAAAUGUAAUUUUCCAAUGAUUUUUUUUUCGUAUAAAAAUAUAAAUUUUAGGUACCAAAAUGUAAAAUAUAAAAAAUAUAGGUACCAAAUCGUAAUUUGCCAUUUGGAUCCAUGGAUUGAUCAAUAAAUCCACCAAUCCAAUUGGAUUUGGAUCAAAUGGAUUGAAUUUAAAUGGAUUGUAUUAAGUGGAUAAUUUGGUGGAUGGAUUGGAUUGGAUUCAUGGAUUUGGAUCUUAAUUGCCACCUCUAGCCAUAGCGGCCAGCCCCCAGAGCAUCGCCGAACCACACACUAUAUAACCACCGGGCGACCGACAACCAUUGCAGUUGUUUAAUUGUCUAGGAGUCGGUAUAGUCACGAAUAACGACGUAUUAUAUUGCUGUAUUCUUGACGCGGCUACAGCUUUGAGGGAUCGGAGCAGGAACAUCAAACGUGGGAAAGCAAUUAGUAAAAGAGAAAACCACAUCUCUUUCAUGAUCCUUUUUUUUUUUCCAGAAAAGGAAAUUAAAGUAAAGAAAACGUACAAGAACGGCGGCGGAAAAAGCACAAACGGCGGGGGAGUGAAUGACCGGUGACGAGGGCCGGCGCUCAUGCACUCGCUGUUCGCUAACCGACACUCACGUCAUAUGUAAAUUUAACGUAACCAUCGGACCUGCAGCUGUUGUCUUUGUUCUAGAAAUACAAAUUUAUGAUGAAUACCCACACCGAGUUGGUGUGGUUGUGGAGUCCUAUCAAAUUAAAUACCAUCACGUGAAUGAUGAUAUAAUACAUACAUUUAUGUGUAUAUACGGUCCUAAUUAAUACUCCUAUUACAUUAAUCAGCGACGGUAACAAAGAUCGAGCAGCCUUCAAUGUCUCUUGCCUACCACGUUGUUUGUUUUAUAUGAAUCGAGCUGACUGGGAAUUUUGCUAUCACAUCGUUUGUUUCAGGAAAUUUUAUUGCUGAACUUAUUACAAAAAAGUUACCCAAAUCGAUAAUUAACAGACUUAUCAUCCGUGGAGAAUAGGAUCAAUACACUCCAGAAUCGAAAGAAAAUGGCAUUUCGGAUAAAUUGCCCGAAAUCUGUGAUGGUACUCCUUUGGAAUCUGCCAAAAAUUGACCCGAAAUAAAUCCGCUCAAAUCGGUGCUUAAUGGACUCAAUCAUUGUUGGAGAAUAGCCUCAGGCCGAAUCCGUGAUCUGUAGCCUUCAAUAUUCAAAGAAAAUGGACUUUCGUCGCCCAAGAAAUUACGAAAAUGUCAUCCGAAAUUAAAUUGGCCCAAAUCGAUGCUUAACGGACUUAUCAUCCGUGGAGAAUAGGAUAAAUAGACUUCAUUAUCGGUGGAUAAUAGCAUCGGCCUGAUUUCGUGAUCUGUAGCCUCCAGAAUCGAAAGAAAAUGGCAUUUCCGAUAAAUCGCCCGAAAUCUGUGAUGGUACCCCUUUGGAAUCUGCCAAAAAUUGACCCAGAAUAAAUCCGCCCAAAUCGGUGCUUAAUGGACUCAAUCAUCAUUGGAGAAUAGCCUCAGACCGAAUCCGUGAUCUGUAGCCUUCAAUAUUCAAAGCAAAUGGAAUUUCGUCGCACAAGAAAUUACGAAAAUGCCAUCCGAAAAUAAAUUGGCCCAAAUCGAUGCUUAACGGACUUAUCAUCCGUGGAGAAUUGGAUCAAUAGACUUCAUUAUCGGUGGAUAAUAGCCUCGGCCUGAUUCCGUGAUCAGUAGCCUCCAGAAUCGAAAGAAAAUGGCAUUUCGGAUAAAUCGCCCGAAAUUUGUGAUGGUACCCCUUUGGAAACUGCCAAAAAUUGACCAGGAAUAAAUCCGCCCAAAUCGAUGCUUAAUGGACUCAAUCAUCGUUGGAGAAUAGCCUCAGGCCGAAUCCGUGAUCUGUAGCCUUCAAUAUUCAAAGAAAAUGGACUUUCGUCGCUCAAGAAAUUACGAAAAUGCCAUCCGAAAAUAAAUUGGCCCAAAUCGAUGCUUAACGGACUUAUCAUCCGUGGAGAAUUGGAUCAAUAGACUUCAUUAUCGGUGGAUAAUAGCCUCGGCCUGAUUCCGUGAUCUGUAGCCUCUAGAAUCGAAAGAAAAUGACAUUUCAGAUAAAUCACCCGAAAUCUGUGAUGGUACCCAUUUGGAAUCUGCCAACAAUUGACACGGAAUAAAUCCGCCCAAAUCGGUGCUUAAUGGACUCAAUCAUCAUUGGAGAAUAGCCUCAGGCCGAAUCCGUGAUCUGUAGCCUUCAAUAUUCAAAGAAAAUGGACUUUCGUCGCCCAAGAAGUUACGAAAAUGCCAUUAGAAAAUAAAUUGGCCCAAAUCGAUGCUUAACGGACUUAUCAUCCGUGGAGAAUAGGAUCAAUAGACUUCAUUAUCGUUGGAUAAUAGGCUCGGCCCUAUUCCGUGAUCUGUAGCCUCCAGAAUCGAAAGAAAAUGACAUUUUAGAU